AUGAGAAAGGGCAAAUUGCGCAACAAAGCUAGACUUGUUGCCCAAGGUUAUUCUCAAAUUGAAGGUUUGGAUUUUGAUGAGACUUUUGCUCCGGUUGCACGUUUAGAAUCUGUUCGAUUGUUGCUAUCCAUGGCAUGUUUUCUUCGGUUCAAGCUUUAUCAGAUGGAUGUAAAGAGUGCGUUCCUAAAUGGAGUUUUACAAGAGGAAGUCUAUGUGGAACAACCUGCAAGUUUUCACGAUCCUAUCCAUCCCAAUCAUGUAUAUCGUCAGAAAAAGGCUCUCUAUGGACUCAAACAAGCCAGAGAGCAUGACAUCCUUGUCAAAGAAUUUCAUGAGGUCCAACAUUCAAUGGAGGCAUGUUCAUCUCUCAAACAAAUAGACCUUGACAUCUCCUUCAGUGUUGGACUUUGUGCUCGCAUCCAAUCUGAUCCCAAAGAAUCACAUCUACUUGCUGCUAUUCCGAUGCGGAUUGGGCUGGGAGCAUUGAUGAUAGAAAAAGCACAACUGGCGGCUGCUUUACAUAGGCAACAACCUUGUCUCUUGGUUUAG